AAAAACCUUUAUGCUUUUCAGUUACCUGAUGAUUACUGCUGAAGGGCGUCUUGUAAUAAUAAUAAGAACCACGUUGUUAUUGACAGGAUGAGACCGGCAUAAAGCACUGGCUCAUGACAUCUCAAACUAAAUUCCCUCUAGGACACAACACCUUUUCUCAUAGUUAAAAAUGAUUACUAAAGCCACACUGUAAUAAUUCUUGAAAUCUGUAUGGAUGGACACAUGAAAGAAACCAAACAAGAGCUUUCUGCUGGAUUUCCUAUUGUUGAUUUGGCGGCUAAUGCUGUUGCUAUUGUUCUAAGCUUCUUCUGUUGACCACAUUGAUUUGUAACUUCCCUCCACAGCCUACACAAGUCACUUUUCUCCACGGGGGCUCAGAUUUCAGAGCCAGCUCUUCCUUCUGAGGGUUACCGUAGCCCUCAGUCCUGACCGGAACAGAUCAGGACUCCAGGCGUUUUCUCUCUAACAUCCUAACCCGGAGGAAUCUUCGAAUUCCCAAGAACAUCUGGAGGUGUGUGCCUGGGAAGAAAGUGGACCAAAGCAUGGCUCACUCGGAGAGCAGAACGAACAUGAAGAAACAUAAUCCAUCUCUGGUGGUAGAAUUAUCUUUCCCAGACUUGGUCAUCAAUAUAGGAGAAGUAACUCUUGGGGAAAAAAACAGAAAGAAGCUGCAGAAAACUCAGAGAGAUCAAGAGAAGGAGAAAGUUUCACAGGCUGCCUGUGCUUUAUUAAACUCAGGAGGAGGAGUGAUUCGGAUGGAAAUGGCUAACAGCGAUAAGCAUCUUGUGGAGAUGGGGCUGGAUUUAGAAGAGUCUUUGAGAACACUUAUUCAAUCUUCAGAUUUGCAGGCUUUCUUUGAGACUAAUCAACAAGGGAGGUGUUUUUACAUUUUUGUUAAAUCUUGGAACACUGACUUUUUCCCUGAAGAUCGUUUCAAGCCCCGCAUUUGCAGCCUGGGUUCUUCAUUACACCUUAGAUCUGGCACCUCUGUGCUUCCCAUGAAUUCAAGAGAGGCAUUUCGUUUCCUGGAAACCAAGAAAAGAAAUGCAAAACUUUUGGGGAAAGAACCUUCUAAUAAAAUUCUCAGGGUUGCAAAGCAAAACUUCCAUGACUCGAAUCCUGCUCACCUAAUUUUCCUAAAAGACCGGCUUGAGCAUGGUGAGAUCCUGCCUUUUCCUGAGUCUCAAUAUGUAGAGUUUAAACAGUUCUCUACGAAACGCACCCCAGACCGUGUAAAAGACAUAAUUCCAAAGUACAUCUCUGCAUUUGCAAACACUGAGGGAGGCUAUCUUUUUAUUGGAGUGGAGGAUGAGAGUAGGAAAGUUCUGGGAUGUGCUGAAGAAAACAUUAAGCGUGAGGAUUUGAAAAAGGAAAUAGAAGAUGCAAUAAACAAAUUACCUCGUGUCCAUUUUUGCCAAUCCCAAUGCCAGAUAACUUUCACAGUCAAAUUCUUGGAAGUGUUAGCCAAGGGGCAGUUGUAUGGUUAUGUUUGUGUGAUCAGAGUGAAGCCAUUCUGUGGUGCAGUGUUCUCAGAAGCUCCCAGGUCAUGGAUGGUGAAAGACCAGGAAGUCUGCUGCCUGACAACGGAGGAAUGGGUAGGCAUGAUGAUGGACACAGACCCAGAGCUUAUGAAAUUGUCCAAAGACUUUGAAUCUCAGCUGAGUCUGUCUAGCGGACCUCCUCUUAGCAGACCAGUGUUCUCCAAGAAAGGCCUGGAACACAAGGAAGAUCUCCAGCAACGUUUAUUUUCAGUAUCAUCAGAAGAUUUGCAAUUUACUCCCGAAUCUCUCUUGGAGGAGCUGUACUCAGAGCAUGAAGGCCUGGAGGAAUUAAUAAAGAAGCAAAUGCAUCCUUUCUCCCGAGGAAUUUUGAUCCUUUCUAGAAGCUGGGCUGUGGACCUGAACUUGCAAGAGAAACAGGGAGUCAUUUGCGAUGCUCUGCUGGUAACACAGAACAGCCCCCCCAUUCUCUAUACCAUUCUUGGGGAGCAGGAUGCAGAUGGGCAGUUGUACUGCACCCGUACCGCCUUUACCUUGAAGCAGAAGCUGGUGAACAUGGGGGGCUACACCGGGAAGCUGUGUGUCAUGACCAAGGUCCUCCAUCUGAGUCCUGAGAGCAAUGCAGAGUCCUUUGAAGGUUCAGACUCUCUGAUUAAGUACCCUGAGUCCUACUACCUCGCAGACACCAAGCAAAUGGAAGCCUUGCUGCAGUCGCUUGUGAUUGUCUUGCUCAGCUUCAGGUCUUUCCUGAGUGACCAGCUUGGCUGUGAGAUUUUAAAUCUGCUCACGGUCCAACAGUAUGAGAUCGUCUCAAAAAACCUCCGCAAGACCACAGAAUUGUUUAUCCAUGGUUUACCUGGCUCAGGGAAGACAAUCGUGGCCAUGAAGAUCAUGGAGAAGAUCAAAAAUACGAUGGGUUGUGAGAAAAAUGAAAUUCUCUAUGUUUGUGAGAACCAGCCUCUGAGGGACUUUAUUGGUAAAAAAGAUAUCUGCAAUGCAGUGACCCGGAAAACCUUCAUGAACACAAACUUAAACUUUGAAAAGAUUCAACACAUCGUCAUCGAUGAAGCUCAGAAUUUCCGCACUGAAGAUGGGGACUGGUAUAAGACAGCAAAAACCAUCACUCAGAGAGGAAAGGAUGGCCCUGGGAUUCUCUGGAUCUUCCUGGACUACUUUCAGACCAGUCACACGGACUGCAGUGGCCUCCCCCACCUCCGAUACCAGUACCCAAGAGAAGAGCUCAUCAGAGUGGUCCGCAAUGCAGACCCAAUAGCCAACUACCUACAAGAAAUAAUGCACGAAGUCAGAGAAAAUCCACCACCUAACAUCCCCUUCAAGUACCUGAAUAUAUUCAGUGAAGCUGAAUGGUCUCAAGGUGUUCCAGGCAACUUAGAGAUGAGUGAGCACAAGGAUAUGGAGCAGAUGGUGGAUUAUAUAGCAGGAAAAUGCCUUUCACUUUUAAAGGCUGGAUAUUCCUGCAAGGAUAUUGCUGUGAUUUGCAGCAUAGCAAGUGAUAUACACAAAUAUAAAUCUAAUCUUCAAAGAGCAAUAAGGAAGAGAAAAAGGUCUCGGCCCAGUGAGGAAUCUCAGUCCAGUGAGGAAUCUGAUCUGUUAGUAGUAGAAAAUGCAUCAGCUAUCAUGGGCAAUCACAUUGUUUUGGACAGUGUCCGUCGAUUUUCAGGCCUGGAAAGAAACAUCGUGUUUGGGAUCAAUCUAACAACAGCUGAGCCAGCUGUUUUCCACAAUCUUGUCCUCUGUCUGGCUUCCAGGGCAAGGAAACAGCUGUAUAUUUUGACUCCCUUUGAAGGAAUGGCUAACUUUGCAUCAUUUUAAUGAUGGUCUUAAUUUUUCCUAUCCAUGAGCACAGUAUGUGCUUGUGAAGAGCGGCUACAGUGUUUGGACAGGUUCAAGCUUUGGACUAAUGAGAGGGCACAGUCCUCUCAUGGUAAAGCCACGUCCAAGUCCCAGCUUGGAGGGUAGAGCCCUCCCAGCACAAAUAAUAGCCAACAGCUAUGGUUGUGAGCUUGAACCUAUGGUCCAAACACGUGGCCCCAUGAGCCUAAGUGAUGUGGGCUUCAGGUGCAUGUAAUUGAGUAGGAUCGAAACCGACGAGAAUGUUGUAAACAUCUUGACCACACCCUUACUUUGCCUCGUGGAAUCUGGCUAUGAAAUAAAGACAGGGCUUGUAGUCCAUGGCGCUGUCACUAGCUCUCCACCAGAGAGGCUCUCCAUCAGAGAGGACAGUGUCCCACCCAGACCCAGCUUUCUUCUCUUGUCUGUCUUUUCUCAAUCCUUCACCACCCCCUCUCAGGGUCACCGAAUCUGACUGAGCUGGCGCGGCACAUUAGGUGCCCAAUGUGGGGCUGAGUAUGCCAUGGCCAUGCUGCUUCGCCACAUAUGCAUCUACUUAUUUGUAUCUCCCUCAAUUUCUUUCUUCAGUAUCUUAUAAUUUUCUGAUUAGAGGUCUUUUACCUCCUUGGUUAAAUUUAUUCCUAGGUACCUUAUUUUUGUUGUUGUUGCAAUAGUAAAUGGGAUUUUUUCCUUAAUUUCUCUUUCUUAUAGUUCAUUAUUGGUUUAUAAAAAAGCCACAAAUUUAUGAAUAUUAAUUCUGUAUACCACUACUUUGCCAAAUUCAUUUAUUAGAUACAGUAGGGUUUUUUUGGUAGAGUCUUUAGGGUUUUCUAUAUACAAUAUCAUUGUCUGCAAAUACUGACAGUUUUACUUCCUCCUUUCCAGUUUGGAUGCCUUGCCUGAGUUAACCCAGCGGAGAUCACUCAGGCUGUCCCAGGGCAGACAACCAAUCCAACUUAUAGAAUGUUUGGCUAUAUAAAUGGUUAUUGUUUUCUAUCUUUAAAUUUUGGGUGGAUAUGUUAAGCAGAAAACACUGAUACAAUAACUUCUCAAAGAGAUAUCUGCACACCAUGUCUAUUGCAGCAUUAUUCACAACAGCCAAGAUAUAGAAACAACCUAAGUGUCUAUCAAGGGUUGAAUGGAUAAAGAUGUGGGAUACAGACACAUGUAAAUAUUUCUCUCUUUUUCAUGUCCAGCACGGCUAGAGAGCGGUCUGGUUCCUGAGUAGGGGCGGCUGGGGAUUGAGAAAAUGAAAAAAAGAGACAGGCACAGAGAUAGAAGGAAAAAGCUGGGGCUGGGGGUGGGACAGCUGUUCUCUGAUGGAGAGACAGACCCAGAGCCAAUACAGCGUGUUUACUUUAUAGUCUGAUUAAAACUAGGGAGAUUAACAUGUAUACAAAGGUUCUUGUUUUGGCAACACUUGCUGACCUCCCACAGCCAAGUAGCUUCUUAGGAAGGAAUUAGGGAGGGCUACAAGGUCAGGCUUAAUUAUGCUAAAAGAGCUCUGCCCUCCAGGCCAAGGCUUGACCCUAGAGCCGCUUCCUACAUACACAAUGAAAUAUUAUUCAGCCAUGAGAAAGAAGGAAAUCCUGCCAUUUGUGACAACAUGGAUGAAUUUUUGAGGGCAUCAUGCUAAGUGAGAUAAGUCAGACGAGAAAGUGUACAAAUACUGUGUAAUGUCACUUAUAUGUGGAAUCUAAAAAAACUGAAAUGGAGAGAAGAAAAGUGAGUACGGCAGCUGGGGACCAAGGAGUUGGGGAGAUGUUGUUUAAGGUUAUAAACCGGCAUCUAGUAGAUAAAAAAGUUCUGGAGAUCUAGAAGACAGCAUAGUGUAUAUCAUCAAUAAUUCUGUAUUAAAAACAUCAAGGUUUCUAAAAGACUAGGUCUUAAUUGUUCUUACCACAAAAAAAGAAAUGAUAAUUAUGUGACUUAAUAGAGGUGUUAGCUAACACUAUGAUGGUAAUCACACUACAAUGUAUAAAUGUGUCCAAUCAAUAUGUUGUUUACCUUAAACUUAUACGGUGUAAUGGUAAUUAAUCUCAAUAAAAAUAAAUGUUAGCUAUUGCUUUUGUUACUAUUGGA